UGGGCUGAAUCCUGGCGCGGACGAAUCCUCUUCAGGCACGGUGCACCUGAUCAUGUUGCGUGCGGAGGGAUACUUCGUGCAAUCUGCAAAACAAGUUCUCUUUUCCCCUCUCCACCUUCUCCUCCUUCCCUUCCCUCCUUAUCCAGUUCGGCUCCUGCUUGCAUACAGUGCGGCAAGAAGAGGGGCUUGCAAUCCCUUGCUAGGAUCGUGAGCAGCCGCUUCUGCACAAGCUGCUGCAGCGGCGGCAGCGGCGGCACCAGCAGCAGCACCAACAGCAGCAGCAGAGGAUUUUUUUUUCUUUUCCUAUUAGACACAGUCGUUUUUGGAGCUGCCUACCAGUGUCAUCUCCAGAAGAUGAACCUUUUCUUUGCUUUCUACUUGCUGGGAUUGUUUGUCAGUAACGGGCAAGCUCUUCUACAAGUGACAAUUUCACUUAGCAAAGUAGAAAUUAGUGUUGGUGAAUCCAAAUUCUUCACAUGUACAGCAAUUGGAGAAUUGGAAGAUAUAGAUUGGUACAAUCCUCAAGGAGAGAAGAUAGUUUCUACACGGAGAGUAGUGGUACAAAAAGAAGGUGCUAGGUCCCGACUAACUAUUUAUAAUGCAAAUAUAGAGGAUGCUGGAAUAUACCGGUGUCAAGGAACAGAUACUAAGGGACAGACUCAAGAAGCUACAGUUGUUUUGGUGAUUUACCAAAAACUCACUUUCAAAGAAGUGGUAUCUCCUCAAGAAUUUAAACAAGGAGAGGAUGCUGAAGUGGUUUGCCAAGUUAGCAGUUCACCUGCACCCAUUGUUAGCUGGUUGUAUCAUAAUGAGGAAGUCACUACUCAUCCCAACAAUCGAUUUGCUAUGUUAGCAAAUAAUAAUCUCCAGAUCCUUAAUAUCAACAAAAGUGAUGAAGGGAUAUACAGAUGUGAAGGAAGAGUGGAAGCCAGAGGAGAAAUUGAUUUUCGAGAUAUCAUAGUUAUUGUUAAUGUUCCACCAGCAAUUACAAUGCCACUUAUAUUCUUCAAUGCUACUGCAGAUCGACAAGAAGAAAUGGUAUUAUCUUGUAGGGCUACUGGCUCGCCUGAGCCAAAUAUCAGCUGGUAUAGAAAUGGCAAACUUAUUGAAGAUACUGAAAAAUACACAUUGAAAAAAAAUAACUCUGAACUAACUGUCAGGAAUAUUGUAAAUAGUGAUGGGGGUCCUUAUGUCUGUAGAGCCACAAACAUAGCAGGAAAAGAUGAAAAGCAGUCAUUCCUACAAGUCUUUGUACAGCCUCACAUAAUACAACUUAAAAACGAAACAACAUUUGAGAAUAGUCAAAUAACACUUGUAUGUGAGGCAGAAGGAGAACCCAUUCCUGAAAUCACAUGGAAAAGAGCUCAGGAUGGAAUAACUUUUUCUGAAGGAGACAAGAGCCCAGAUGGCCAUAUUGAAGUCAAAGGGCAACAUGGAAGAUCGUUACUGCACAUUAAAGAUGUGAAGUUGUCAGAUUCAGGGAGAUAUGACUGUGAAGCUGCAAGUAGAAUUGGUGGGCACCAAAAAAGCAUGUACCUUGAUAUUGAAUAUGCUCCCAAGUUUGUAUCAAACCAAACAAUCUAUUAUUCUUGGGAAGGAAAUCCCAUCAACAUAAGUUGUGAUGUGAAAGCUAAUCCUCCAGCAUCGAUCCUUUGGAGUAGAGAAAAAUCAUUUUUGCCUUCCAAAAAUGCCACAAAUUUAAAGACUUACAGUGCAGGAAGAAAGAUGAUUUUAGAGAUUGCACCUACAUCUGACAAUGACUUUGGACGGUAUAAUUGCACUGCCACAAAUCGAAUUGGAACAAGAUUUCAGGAAUAUAUUCUUGCUUUGGCUGAUGUGCCUUCCAGUCCCUAUGAAGUAAAAAUUAUAGAGUUGUCACAAACUAUUGCCAAAGUUUCUUUUAACAAACCAGACUCUCAUGGUGGUGUACCUAUUCAUCACUAUCAAUUGGAUGUAAAAGAAGUGACUUCAGAAACAUGGAAAGUGUUUCGUUCCCAUGGAAUUUCAACAACGGUUGUUUUAAGCAAUUUAGAACCAAAUACAACCUAUGAAAUCAAGGUUGCAGCUGUAAAUGGAAAAGGUCAAGGGGACUACAGUAAAACUGAAAUCUUUCAAACAUUACCAGUCCGUGAACCAAGUCCUCCAUCAAUCCAUGGACAGCCUAGCAAUGGAAAGAGUUUUAAACUUAGCAUAAUGAAACAAGAUGACGGAGGGGCACCCAUUUUGGAAUAUAUUGUGAAAUAUAGAAGUAAAGAUAAGGAAGACCAGUGGCUUGAGAAAAAAGUUCAGGGUAACAAAGAUCACAUAGUUUUGGAACAUUUACAGUGGACCAUGGGUUAUGAAGUACAAAUUACAGCUGCAAAUAGACUUGGAUACUCUGAACCAACAGUAUAUGAAUUUAGCAUGCCACCAAAACCCAAUAUAAUUAAAGACACACUUUUUAAUGGCUUUGGACUUGGUGCAAUCAUUGGCAUAGGAGUUGCUGCACUUCUACUAAUUUUUGUGGUAACUGAUGUUAGUUGCUUCUUUAUCCGACAAUGUGGAUUGCUGAUGUGCAUUACUAGAAGAAUUUGUGGAAAGAAAAGUGGUGCCAACAGCAAAAGUAAAGAUCUAGAAGAUGGGAAGGCUGCAUAUUUGAAAGACGGAUCAAAAGAGCCAAUAGUGGAAAUGAGAACAGAGGAUGAAAGAAUUACCAGUCAUGAAGAUGGAAGCCCAAUAAAUGAGCCAAAUGAAACCACUCCACUCACAGAACCCGAAAAACUGCCGUUAAAAGAAGAAAAUGAAAAAGAAGUUUUAAACCCAGAAAUUAUAGAAGCAAAAAUUUCCAUCGAUACAACUCAGUCAAAAGAAGAUAGCAAAGCGUAAUAGGAAGAGUGCCACAGCAAAAACAACAAAUGCAAACUGCAAUGACCCUAUAACCAAAACUAUACAGCUUACCUUAAUUUCUUGGCCAACUUUUUUAUCAAUACCCUAUAGAAAUGAUCAAACUAUUCUGGUCCACGUUACCCUUCUCUUUGUGUUUAUCUUGCCACUGUGUGUAUUCUUGCCUGACAAUGAUUCUGAGAUAUUCUGAUCAAUCCAGUGAAGUAGUGUAAUUUAUUACAAAGUGAAAUUUUUUUAAGAAAAUACAUUAUUAAAAUGUAAUUCUAACCAGAAACUAUAUUCCAAAUAGGAAAAAAAUCAUAACUUCAAGUUAAACUAAUAAGAAAAAAAAGUACUGUGUUUUCUUGAAUCUGGUCUUUUUUUAAAAAAGUACAUUAAGUCACCUUUAAAAGAAAAGUGAAGAGGCCAUUUCAUUAUAGUAAGAAAUAUGGCAUACCUAUGGUCUAGAGGGAUAUUCCAAUUAUUGGCAAUAAUAACUGACAAGACUUGAGAUUUCUUUAUAACUACAGUGCAUAUCCAUGAUUGAUCUUUCUUAGAGUGAAAAACUAAUCAGCAUGUGAUAUAGAUCAAAAUGGUUAUAUUUUGAUGAAAGAUAUUAUUGCCAUAUUUGAAAGUAUGGCUUAGAAAAUCCCUCAUGUUAUCUAUUAUGUAGACAUAUGCCAUAUCCAUUAUGAAGAAAUCAUGUUUAAAUUAAAACCCUAGAAAUCAAAAUGAAAAUAUAUUUAUGGUUUGGGCCUCAAACAAGCUUAAAUGGAAACAUUCAGUUUGUUACCUUACCUUAAUAUAUACAUAUAUAUUGUGUAUAUAUGUAUAUAUUUAGGUUAUUUUCAUUUUAUUUUAUUUUUAGUGAUUUUAUCAGAUCAAGGAGCCAUGAUUUUCAAAUAUAUCAAAUGACAUUGCCUGUAUUUUUUAAUGGAUGUAUCCUUAAUCUUUGCCAUACAUAUUUUAAGAUUGUAUUUUACCAACCUUAAAUGUCUGUUCAUGAAUGAUUUGAGGUUAAAAGAAAUAUAAAAAAUACAUUUGACUAAAAUCCAAAAAAAAUUUUAAUGGGUAAAUAUUUUUAUGUUUCUUUCUUUAUAUUUGUAUCUUCACACAUUAACACAGUGCUGGCACAGAGUAGGCACUUAGUAAAUGCCUGUUGAUUGGUUGAUUAAUAUGUAGUAUAAGUCAAAAUAUCUUUCCAGUAAGGAUUUUAUUAUGAAUAUUAAUUUUAUUCAUUCUAUGUAUAAUAGCCUAGAGAUAUAAUUUCCUGAUCAACUGUCUUUUCUUUUGUAAGUCCUAAUAUAUACAAUCUAGAUGAUAUGCUAAUGUCACUUGUUUGGAAUAGUAUUAUUUUAAAACCUAAUCCAGAAUAAAUUACAAACUAUGCAAAGUUCACAAAGGAAAAAAAAAAGCAACCAUUGAUUAUUAAAUUUGGCCUUUAUACAAGGCAAAUUAACUAUGUAUAUCUCUAAAUAGAAAAUACCCAUAAAAAGAUAUGUGUAUAUAUAUAUAAUGCUACAUGUGUGUGUUUACACACAUACACACACAUACAAUACGCAUACACACAACUACAUGUAUAUGUAUAUAUCUAUUCCAUUGGCAGCAAGUUUUAAAAUAUUCCUAUUCCCAAAGUAGCAAAAUUCUCUUCAGCAUUUCAAGUGAUGUUUUGUUAACUCUAAUUUUGAAAUGGUAGAAAGCAUCUUCCUCAUCUUUGACUACUUAAAGAAAUUAUCUAAAAGAGCACUGGGUGAAUUUUAACACCUGUCAAGAAUGGCUGCUCUGGAACUUUGUUCUUAAAGUAAUGGAUAAAUAAAAAUAUUAUGCUCCAGCUUUAGUUUCAAAUUAAUGCCUGAAACAUCAAGUCAAGCAAAAACAACUAUUUUUUUAAACUAUUCCACUACUGUUUUGGAUCUUAGCGAGACAGAAGUCAUUCUUAAGUCAGUGAGUUGCUAGUUAGCUAUAACUACAAAAUAGAAAUUGGAGCUAUAGAAUAUCAUUCCUUCAUAUCUGCUAUGAAAUUUUCUCAAGACAUACUAUUGUUAUUACUAUAAAACAGCUGUAGAUUAUAUCCCUAUCACAAAUAUAUUGAACCAUCCUUACAGACUUGACUGCAUAACUAAUUUUCUGAUUAACAACUUGCUAAAUUAAUUUGUUAUAAUGGCAGUCAAAAUAGUUGGAAUAGUUUUUGGAGAUUGAUUUAGGCUCUAAAUUGGCAAAUUAAUGACAGGGAAGGAAUUAGAAAAGCUGGAAUGUCUAAAUGUCAUGCAAAUCAUUGUAAAACCUGUGAGUUUUUCUGGGCUGGAGAAUUUGGCUUGAGCAUUUUUGCUCCUUUUUUUUUUUUUUUUUCUGGAAAGGGGCAAAGUUGAAUCUUUCCUAAGCCUUGUCUUUCUUCCCUUGAAUGGAGAGGGGAAAGAGGAAUGUAAGUGUUAUAUUUCUUUCAGUCCUCUAUCCCCAGCUCAUUUCUUCUCUGGAGAUUUAAGCAGAAAUACCUUAUUAUAAGGAUUAGCUUGUUUUUAGCCUAAGACCAAAUAUAAUGGCAUUCAAAAAAGAGUGGUCCCUUUCUAUGCUAUUUUAUGUAGUUAAUAUUAAAUGAAAAUUUAUUAAUACAGACAGUAGCCCAGAGUCUAUUGUUAGUCAAAUUUAGAUAAAGGUUUGGUUCUUUGCCAGGAUUAAUUUUUUUUUUCCUAGUAAUCUCUAGCUAUUUUCAAUCUCCUUAUCUCAACAUGGACUGAUUAUACAGUACAAAUUUUAUGGCCAAACUCACUUUUUUUUUUUACUUAUGAAGCAAAAUCAAGAUACAGGAAACAUGUAAAAAAUGAAAGAAGAUAUAAAAUAGUAUCUGGUAAUGGACAAGCACAGGAAGAAGAUGGGAGAAAAGUAGAUCUUUUGGAACUCCACUCAGCCCUUGAAGAAUCAAUUAAAAUCCACUACAAAAAGCCUGAAGGAGUCUGAAGGAGAGAAUGUCUUCCUACCUCAGUCAAUUAAGUCCUAGGUGGAGCACAGAAUACCAUCUUAACACUAUUGGUACUUGCUUGGCUCAUGCAGGACUUCUUCUCAAUCUGUGUAUCUUUUUCAGAAUUCCCAAAUGUGACUCAAAAUAGAUCUUACCUUACGAAUAGUAAUUCAUAGUCAAAAUUACUUCCAGGGCUGAGAGUAAAUGCUUGUCCUUCUGAAACCACAAAUCCCAAAAUGCGAGUUGGCUCUCUACCCAUUUUUAUACUGUACUUCUGCUGUAUUCUGAGAGAGAGACAGAGAAAGAUUUAUGUGUUGUAUUAACAGUAAUUUUUUUUUCUCACUUCCUUGGGCUAUACAUGAAAGGUCAGUCUAUGGAAUUUUUUUUUUCUGUUUCAUCCAUAGUUCAGCUUCUUACCGCGCAUAAUAGAUGACAAUCUGAGAUGAAUAGUAUCUGGGGCUAAACACAGGCAUUUCCAGGUGUAAUCUGUUCUUUUCCUAAGUGGUUUAUGCCUUUUGUCCUUAGAAUCAAUGCCAUGUAAGAUCAAGACAAAAUUUUGACUGAUUUUUACAUGCAAUAGAAUUGUCAAAUAUGUCUUCAAGUAUAAAAGUUUCCUAAUAAGAGAUGGCUUAUAGUAAUUUGUAAGAUAAACAUAGAACUGAAAUAACAUUUUUUCUCAAUUUCCUUUUCUUAUUCUAGACAAUUAUACAGAUAGUUGUAUAAAUAUUACUUUUACUGUCUGAGAAUAAUAGUAUUCAUGUGAAUUUUCAGAAGAGUUGACUGAAUAUAACUGACAGAACUGAUAAAAUAAUCUGAAUUAUAUGCUUUUUAAACCAGAAUCUCAUUUCAAAUAUUGGCAGUUUUGAUAAUUUAAAUGAAAAUGGGCAGUGACAAUCACAUUCAAUAAGAGGUUAAAGGAAAGAGUAACAUCAUAGAAUGACACAGUCUUGGAAGGGUACUUAGAGAACAUUAAGUCCAACCCCUUCAUUUUACAGAUGAAGAAACUAAGGCAUGGAGUUUAAGUGACUUGCCCAGGGGGCAUACAGCUAGUAAAUAGGGCAAAAUUUAAACCCAAUUCUUUUUUUACUCCAAAUCUAGCACUAUCUCUUCUAUUCCAUGCUGCCUUUCUCAAUUUUCAUUUACACUGGCAUGAAUGAAUUUGUUAUAUUAUUGAAAUUAUUUGCAAAUGAAUUUUAUGGAUCCUAUGAGACACAUGCAUAUAUUUGACAUAUGUGUGUAUACAUAUAUAUCAUGAAUUAGAUCAGAAAUAUUACUGUUCUAUUGAUUCUAAUGUUUAUUGUUGAUAAGUUAAUUCAUUUAAUCUUUGUAACUUUAACAAAGUAAAAAGUACAUUAAAAUUGAUAUAGCAAAUUCUAUGUGAUAUUAUUUUCUGAAUUGAAUAUUAUAUUUAAUUCAACAAUCAUUAAUAAAUACCUGUAAUGUUUAUAAGGCAUUGUGGUAGAUUCUGGGGACAAAAGGGAGAUAAAAAUUUAAAAAGUGUCUGCCCUCAAGAGACUUAGUUGAAAGAAUUAAUUUUUAAAAUUCCUUUUGCAAGUGUCUUUUAUUCAUAAAUAAAUUAUUUAAGUAUCAUAUACUGAAUUUUAAAACUUAAGUCUUGCUUGUAUUUUCUGUUUCUCUAAAAGUACUAAUGUGUAUUUGUGCUUUUGAUUGAUAUGAAAUUAUUUUAUUAAAGAAAAAAACACUUUCAGUUUUCCCACAAAUUUUGUUUAAAAUGUUUUCAACCUUUAUUGAUAGAUUUUUGCCAAAAGAUUUGACACUUUAAUAAUGUGUACAAAUUUAUUUUGACUGGAAUUUUAAUUCUUAGUUUUCAAAAUACAUAAACUUUCAUGAAGUCUAAAAAAACAAUUGAAAUAUACAGGGUGAUUAUAAAGUCCUAGUGCAACUUUAAACUUUGAUAAGUUUGAUAUAUAUAUGAUAGAAACAUGUUACAUAAAAGCUGACAUAUCAGUGUUCUAAAGAAAUACAUUCUGAUUUUAACCUUUAUAAUUACUACCAUCAUUUAUAAAACAUUUCUCAGAAGUUUUAAGUAGCUGCACAGUAAUUUCAUGAAUAAAUUUAUGAAAAAAAUGGAAAUUAACAAUAAUAAAACAUAAAAAUUUAAUGUCAUUUACAAUGUGCUUUUAUCAUUUACAUAUCCAAUGUGUUUAAAGAUGUAUAAAGAUUUUAUAGCCACCCUUUUUUGAACUUUCCACUGAGAUUAACCUUUUUUGUUUGUUUGUUUUUUAAGUAUAUCUAUGUACUGGUUUCCUUCAGAAUCUGUUGACACUAAAUUUUACCAAUUCUGAGAAAUAAAUAGCCUCAACAUUGUGACUAAAAUUUAUUCUUCAAAAAUUUUAAAUUGGUAGAAAAAAAAGGCAUUUUAUAAUUUAAUUUGGGCCUUUUUUCCCCCAUUUCAAUUUAAAAUACAAUUUAGGACCACAAACCUGUUUUUGGUGUUAUUGAUGGUGAUGGGAAUAAAAAAGAUCAGAUUGAAUCACACUCCAUGGAGCUAUGCCAGUGUAUUUCCCCAUCCUAACCCCUACACUAAAAAGUCACACAUCUUGAAUAAUUAAUUGAUUUUUAUCUUUUUGUUUCAAAUAAUUGGAGUCUAUCACUGACUUUAAAUCACAGGCUAAAAGUGAUAAAUUUUACUUACACUAUUAGCUUUUUGUAAAAUGCAUUUUGCUUUUUAACUUGGAAAUAUUAAAAUGUUAAUUUCAAAUUCUUCUUACAGACUGUUCUACAAAUUCAAACUGCUAAUCUUAAAUACAAUAAAAACAAAACACUGGAUGAGGUAAAGAAAUUUUUCAACAAACAUAUCCUAACAUUAUCUUUAAAAACAAAAGUUUUGUAUAUAUUGAGGUGGUGUUUUUUUUUUUUAAAUUCCUGCCCAGUUUCCCUCACUAAAAGUUAUUUUUAGAGAAAUUUUGUAAGCAUAUACUAUUGACCUAAAAUCUAACAUUUGUUAAGCUUAAAAUAAUGGCAGGAACAAUUUCAAUUAUAACAGUUUAUUAUAUCAGAAAUAUUUCAAACAAAACUAAGAUACAUAAGUUGUUACAAUAUUCCCAAGUGAAAUUAGGCCAUUUAACGAUACAUUUAUUAGUAUAUUUCAUAUUAUUAGAAACAAAUACCAAAAAUAUUAUUGUAGUAAUUUAUUUGCCCCUGAAACUAAAAAUCAUGAUUUCAUAUAAAGUAAAAAAUAAUGCUUGGUUUUUAUUUUUUAUAAAUAUUGGUGCAUUCUGUACUAUAAUAUUCAAAUUUUUAAAAAUUAUUUUAAGAUAAUCCAUCAUUUAGUAUAUCAUUUGGCCAACAAGUUUAAUAAAAUACAUAGAACCUUCUGUUUUGAUAAUGUUUGGAGAAAUUGCAAUAUUUCUGCCACACAAUAUACAUUUUAAAAAAUUUCAACAUGAUCAUUUAAAUUAAGGAAAGAUCAAUGUUUAUAUUUAAAGAAUCUUUCAAACUCUAAUAUGAGUUCGUAUGAUUAAGAACUAAAAAUAUGCAAACUGAUGUAUAUGUGAAUAUUAUUUUUAAAGAAAAUUUUAAAAGGAAGAAAUACUGAACUAAAUCCAGAGGAGGAAAAAACAUUUAGAUUUUGAACCCAGAUUGAAGAACAGGAGAGUUAACAUUACAUUAGAGACACCUCAGUGAUUCUAUUUUGUUUAACCCUUAGUUUCAACCUUGCUACAUUUGCAAAUGACCUGUCCUUAGGACAGAAUAACUAUUAAUCAAGGUUAUAUGCCUGUGUAGGGUAAAACUGGUUCAAAAGUUUUGGAGAAGAAACUUUCUCAUUGGUCUUUAAGUAGGCAAACCUGAAAUCAAAAAUAUGUUGGAGAGAUAUACCUUCCAAAUAUGUCUAUCUUCCAAAAUAUGUCCUCCUUCCACCCCAAGGUAUGGAACCAGAAGUGUUCUCUUUUGAAGAAAAAGAAAAUCUCUCAAACUUUUGAGCCAACUCUAUCCCCUCAUAAGAAUAAUGCUGAAUAACAGUUCUAUCAAUUAGAAUAGUCUUAUGCAAAUGUACAGGAUUGAACUCCAGGUUAUGAUCAUAAAUAAGCUAAUGUAGAGAGAAUCACAUAAUAUAAAAGACACUGUGUUUAAAACAUCAUGAAUCUUUGGUUUCUGAUCCUUGAAAGAAUGUUGUGGUUCAUGGUGUAGAGUUCGCCUUUAAAUCUUGCUAUGAACAUGUAAACUAUUAGAAAUAAAGACACUUGAAACACUUGAUAUGUGUUUUCCAUUGUGUGUACAGUACAUGUUAAAUACAUGUCAUAUUUCAAUAGAAUUUACUUUACAUGUAUACUUGGAUUGUAUACUACUCAAAUUCUGUGUUGAGAAGUAAGAUAAGUUAGCUUUUUGUUUUAAAAUACUAUGUCCCUCUGAAAUGCUGUAAAUGUAUAUUUAAACUAAACUGUAAAAAUUAUACUGAGAAUGUUGAGGUUUUGUAUUUAUGAAAUACAUUGAAAUUAUGCUUACAGUAUAUCAAAAUUAUUUGUCACUCUUCACCAUUUGUAAAUUAAUAGUAAAGAUCUCUUACUUUAAUAAAGUGUUGCAUUUAUAUUAA